AUGGUCCUCGGCAUCCCAACCGUGAAGAAGGGCACCUUCGGCUACGUCAAUUCAGAUUACAAGGCCGCCGCCACCAUCGAGAGCAGCGACGACGACGACGACGACAACUCCUUCGUCUCCGACUCGUCGUCCGAGAUGGCGAUCAAGAAGAAGAAGAAGAAGAACACGGCGAGCGCGGCCCCCGAGGAGGCCCCCGAGGAGGACGAGGAGGCCGACGACUACGCGAUCGUCAAGGGCUGGGCGGUCAGGACGGUGGACAACAAGAAGGCCAGCGGCUCGUUCGGCAUGAAAGAUGGCAGCACGUGCUUCACAUGGGACGACGGUGACCGCUGGGUGCCGCCCAGCGAGGUCUCGUUCGUCCUCGAGACCCCCGUCAGGGACAAGAAGAAGGAGAAGGGCUGCGCCUCGACGGGCAAUGACAAGACGGGCUGCGAGGAGGGCGCCAAGAAGUUCAGCCACAUGAAGAGCAAGGGCGGCACUGGCAAGGGAGGCGACGCCGACAAGAGCAGCGGCAUGGGCAACAGCAAGCCC